AUGGCGCAUAAGAGCCCUGGCCGCCUGCGGGGCCGCUUCUCCGUGCACUGCGUUCCGGGGCUCGCCGUGCCGCUGCGGCCCGCGUCUCCGGAGUCGCCGUCUCUGUCGCCGCCGUCCCGGUCCCCGUUCCCCCCGGGCGCGGAGCCUCGCGAGCGCCGGGCGGGCGCCAGGGCGCGCAGACAUGGCCAGCCGCACCAGAGCGCGCCGGGCGGCCGCGGCGCUGGGCUGCACCGGGCUGCUGUGCGCCGUGCUGGGCGCCGUCAUGCUGGUGAUGGUGCCCUCGAUCAUGAAGCAGCAGGUGCUCAAGAAUGUGCGCAUCGACCCCAGUAGCAUGUCCUACAACAUGUGGAAGGAGAUCCCCGUCCCCUUCUACCUGUCUGUCUACUUCUUCAACGUCCUCAACCCCGACGAGAUCCUCCAGGGCGAGAAGCCGCAGGUGCAGGAGCGCGGGCCCUACGUGUACAGGGAGUUCCGGCACAAGAGCAACAUCAGCUUCAACGACAACGACACGGUGUCCUUCCUCGAGUACCGCAGGUACCAGUUCCAGCCCGACAAGUCCCGCGGCCUGGAGAGCGACUACAUCGUCAUCCCCAACAUCCUGGUCAUGAGCGCGGCGAUGAUGAUGGAGGACAGGCCCCUGAGCCUGAAGCUGAUGAUGACCUUGGCCUUCACCACCCUCGGCGAGCGCGCCUUCAUGAACCGCACCGUCGGCGAGAUCAUGUGGGGCUACGACGACCCCCUCAUGGACCUCAUCAAUACCUACCUGCCAAACUUGUUUCCCUUCAAGGGCAAGUUCGGGCUAUUUGCUGAGCUCAACAACUCCGACUCCGGGCUCUUCACCGUGUUCACGGGGGUCAAGGACUUCAGCAGGAUCCACCUGGUGGACAAGUGGAACGGACUCAGCAAGGUCGACUUCUGGCACUCGGAUCAGUGCAACAUGAUUAACGGAACUUCGGGGCAGAUGUGGGCGCCCUUCAUGACGCCCGAGUCCUCGCUGGAAUUCUACAGCCCCGACGCCUGCCGGUCCAUGAAGCUGAUCUACAAGGAGUCGGGGGAGUUCGAGGGCAUCCCCACCUAUCGCUUUGUGGCCCCCGACACCUUAUUUGCCAACGGCUCCGUCUACCCGCCCAACGAGGGCUUCUGCCCGUGCCGGGAGUCCGGAAUCCUGAAUGUCAGCACGUGCAGGUUCAGUGCGCCCUUGUUUCUCUCCCAUCCUCACUUCUACAACGCCGACCCGGUCCUGGUAGAGGCGGUGCUUGGCCUCCAGCCUAACCAAGAGGAGCAUUCCUUGUUCCUGGACAUUCACCCGGUCACGGGGAUCCCCAUGAACUGCUCGGUGAAGCUGCAGCUCAGCCUGUACAUGAAGGCCAUCAGCGGCAUCGGACAAACCGGGAAGAUCGCGCCGGUGGUCAUGCCGCUGCUGUGGUUUGGAGAGAGCGGGGAGAUGGAGGGUUCCACCCUCCGGUCCUUCUACAACCAGCUGGUGUUGAUGCCCACGGUGCUGCACUACGCCCAGUAUGUCCUCCUCGCCCUGGGCUGCAUCCUGCUGCUCGUCCCCAUCGUCCUCCAGAUCCGGAGCCAAGGUCCCGAAGACGCCAUGUGCCAGCCCAGCCUGGCCGCUCAGCCAGACCCGUUCCCCGGCCCCUGCACCCCGCUGCUUCAGGACUCUCUCAGCGGACAGCCCACUAGCCCCCCAGUCUGAGCCCCCACUGCCACACGCACGUCCCCACACUGCACCCCCGGCACGUGGACACACGCGUGCACAGGUGUGUGCCGGCACUCAGGGAUGGAGCUGCUGCUGAGAGGACUCGGGGAGACGCUCGUCAACAAGGACUGUUCUGGAACCUUCUCUCCAAGUGACCCACAGGCAGCGCCACAGUGCUGUGGGCAUCGGGUCCCCUCCCUUGGGUGGGCUCUUGACAACUCACGCCACCCCUCCCCGGUCGUCCUCUCCAUCAGUCUCAAAACAGUGCAGCCCCUCCUGGUGGCCCCUACGGGGACCGGGCUUCACCGCGAGGGCCGGCCACUGUCCCGACGUCCCACCCGCAGCGCAGACUUCCUGUGCCGCAGCCGGGUGGGCGGGGCUGCACUGCCCGUGUCCUGGUCCCCUCAGGACCCGAUCUCCCUGAGGCCACCCGGGCGCCGGGUGUGGGUGUCUGGGCCCCUUCCUCCGGCUAAACUGACAUCGCCGUGCAGACCGAGCCGGCGGCCCCAGCGGGGGUGGUGGGGGCGGCGGGGACUCUGCCCAGAGCUGCCCCCCAAGGGCCCUCGGCUUCCCGGUGCAGGGCAGAGGUGGGGGGCCGGGGGCCGGCAGCCCCGGGGGUCUGGGCGGCGGGGAGACCCGACCUCUCGGGGCUCGGGGUCUCUGGGGCAAGCCUCUGUCACUUUUCUACUGAAAGAGAAAUGAAUUUUAUUGUCUUUUGAAAAUAAUUCACUAUUGAACUAAUAAACCUUUUACAAA